CGACGAUGUGGACAACCAUGAUUUCUCGCCAUCGAUAGAAAACAAUGUCGCCCCGCCAAUUUUCGUUAUCGCAGCUUGCGAUUCCUGCCGUUUGUCUUCUCAUUGCAUUUCUUGCAUACCCAUCUCAAUAUCUUCUUCUAUAUCUCGAACCAGGACCACUUUCACGGUCUCAGCUGGUGAAACUGAACGUCCUUGCUACUUCUAUUUGGAUAUGCUAUUAUCGAGCAUGCACUGUAGAUCCUGGGCGUAUCUCUAAAGAUUGGAAACCCACCCCCAAAGAGGCUGACAAGAAGACUGAAGUCGAUCCUGGCAAAGACUUCACCGGCAGACAGAGAUGGUGCCGUAAAUGCGAAGCCUUCAAGCCGCCAAGAGCGCAUCAUUGCGGGAAAUGUCAAAGAUGCAUCCCAAAGAUGGACCACCAUUGUCCCUGGACGUCGAACUGCGUUUCUCACUUUACAUUCCCGCACUUCAUACGUUUUUUGUUCUACGCUGUUGUCGGAUUAGCGUACCUUGAAUCCUUGCUCUAUGCCAGAGUAGCCGCCGUCUGGCAAAGUAGGAAUCUUCCAAGUUAUCUCGGUCCAAGUGUUACGCAGCUUUCUCUUCUUUUCAUUCUCACGGUGGUCAACAGUCUUACGCUGUUUGCUUUGUCAAUCCUUCUAAUUCGCACUAUUAUCUCCCUCGGUGAGAACGUAACAACUAUCGAAUCAUGGGAGAUUGAGAGACACAAAACUCUAGUCAGACGAGCCCGUCAUUUUGGCGGUGUCCUUGAAGGCCCAGACGGCAUCAUGAUACCGAUCAGGAGGCAAGAGUUUCCCUAUGAUAUCGGCAUCUGGAAGAAUAUCAAAGCUGGAAUGGGUGGCAGUGCAAAUAUUCUAAGCUGGUUCUGGCCAUUAGCAGCUACACCAAGCCGCGACACGGGUCUAGAAUAUGAGACGAAUGGAUUCGAAGAUCCCAAGUUAUCCUGGCCGCCGCCAGAUCCUGAUCGUAUUCCGCGAAUGAUUAAGACAAAUGACACAGAAGGUCCCUUUACUUUCCAGCAGCAAUAUAGCACUGCACGCGAAGAGGUGGAAGCUUUCAAUCGCCGACGGUUGGAGGACAUUCGGCGUCGGCAAGGCGGGGCGGAGCUACAGCGGCGCAAACGUUUCCAUGAACGCUUUUCUCUCGACGACGACGACGAAGACAAUCUGUCAGAUGAUGAUUAUGACGAAGAUGAUGAGUCCGAACACCAGAUAUCUGAAGGGGAAGAGGCAUGGAAAAACUCGGAAGGGGAACGUCUGCGCGACUUUGGCGUUGACGAAGAAGCCGAGUUCUAUGACGAAGAUGAUGUACCAUUAGCAAAACUUAUUCAGCGAUAGAGGAUACAGUCAUAGAAGGCACAAAUUUAAGGGGGAAAAAAAUCAAUCUAUUGACUGUAUUUUUGAUUACCUAAAAAUCUAUAGAACUCUUACGGAAUCCCACAUCGUUAGCCAUCUAAUGAGCCAU